GCGACGCGUGCGUGUUCUCUUUUGCCGGUUUCACGAAGCUCGCGGGGCUCGCGUGUCUCGUAUACAGCGUGACUGGUCUCAUCCGUGUUCGCCCACCUGUUCGCUCCAGCUAACCGAUCGCGAGCAGUUUGACUACGACCCGUUGUUUCGUACACUAAUCGUUGACCGUUCGGUUGGUGCACGUGCAUUAUUGUCGUCGUAAAUUCCCGCCGGGGUUACACGAUUUUUAGGGGUUCUCGCGAGUGACGUACUCGCGGCGUAGAUUCGCGGUUGGGAUUCACGCGGCGCGUGUGUGGAAAACGGUAAUCGUGUUUACGUGUUUUGGUCUCGGUUAAACUGGAGCUGUGCGUGAUAGCUACGUAUCCAUUGAAGGAAAGUCGCACGGAGUGAGGAAGAAUCUUGUGCCGGUCGCGUGGAAAGUCAGUGAGUCGAUCUACUUGGUGAUAAUAAUCAGUGUGAAACAUCCCUUGGAUUAUGACAGUCGGAUGACACUUGGCAGCCCGUCGUCGUAGGACCGACGCAGCUUUCCAUCCGCUCAGCGAACUCUCUCUCUCUCUCUCUCUCUCUCUCUUUCUACACAUCAAGAGAGAUCCAUUAUGUUCAUCGAAGGGCAUGUAAGAACAACGCAAUUGAUGUACCGCUCUGCGUUGUGAGCUCGAUUUACUGUACGUUCUGCGUCGCAACAAGUACCGUGAUACCUGGCUGAUCCACGUCGAGGAGAAAGGCGAGUCGGAAGAGCCGCAAAGAGGAAAAGCCGCGAGACAGAGAGUGUGACAGGUGUUCGGCGUUGAAAGCAUCGAAGAAAAGUCGAGCGUAAAUGCCCAUAGAGGCGCUUAAGCAGGCUUACGCGCGAGCAAGCGUACCGUGAACACAUCCCGGCUUCGGUUCCGCCGCGCGGCGCGCCCGAGAAACGUGAAAACGCGCUCGUACAGGCGUGAGGGAUGCGGCCCAUGGGCGAAGGGUGGGGUCUUUGGGCACCGAUAAGGCUUAUCCGAAGAUACGAUGGCCGGCUGCUCGGCUCUUGUCGUCAGUCGUAGUGCUCAGGUGGCGUCGACGAGAUCGCCGUUCGCUUUAACUCACGCUGAUAUCGCGGGUUCGCAUCUAUUCUACGCACCAGCAUCGUCGUCAUCGUUAUCACCGUAUCCGGUUCGUAGAGCUCCGAUCGAAUUGAGCACAGUCACGGAAACGGGGAAGGAUCGCGAUCAGGAAGCAGAAGGUGCCUGAGAGGAACGAGGACAAAUCGUCCGCCGACGGUGCGCAAACAGCGAUUCGAAGGAGCGGCUAAUCGAUAGCUGGGAUUAUUCGGCAGUCUCGAUUCGAACGUUGAACGUUAGUCGAAAGUUCCUCUGAUAAUCUGCGGCAACGGACCGAGGGACAGAUUAUUAUCGGUGUUAUCGUGUGAUCAGUGCAAUUGGGUUUUCGUGAACAGUGUUCUGCUUUCUGUGUCGACUAUUUAAAAGUAAAGAGAGAAACAAGGAAUUCGUGUAACGAGCCGGGAUUGCGACGAACGUGAGAGCGGGUACUGUUUGCGUUACCUUAAUAGAUAAAUUUUCGGUACGGUUACCGAUUUGAUUCGUUGGCACGCGCACGGUAGCGUUUGAGGGUUGACGCCUUCAAACCGUAAACUACGAGUAAUCCUGUCUUCCCCAAGGAUAAAGGAGACCGAGGGAGGGAGGCACCGCGAACCGGUCGCCAGAAGAAUUCCUAUGAAAAUGCUUCAAUCGUUGAACGCUCUGGCGGGUAAAAUCUCGCCAGGCUCACCCACCGACAGUAACGCGAACAAGGUGCACAUGCACAAUAACAACAACAACAAUAACAACAACGUCGUGCAUCAUCAUCAUCCGUAUUCGAAGCAACAGGUACAGCAGCAGCCAUCGCCGUCGUCGCAGUCGAGCAACGGCGACCAAAAGGAAAACAAUUGUCCUUAAACAACGCCAGCCAGGAAACAAUUUGUCUCUUUCCAAGGAGAUCUGCUUCUUUGUGCCGGGGUCGUGACGUUCGCUGAAAAAUCUUGCCACUUGUAAAUAAUGGAGUACCGAAAUCGUAGAAAGAUUACCACCACUAUAUGCGAUUUACCUUGUGAAGUAUAAUUUAU